GAAUUUACGACUGUAAUAAAAUCAGGGUAUUGGAGUUAUGAAAUUGUUUUAUACGUCUGUACGUACUUUUACAUAAAAUAUAUAUUGAAUUGUAUAUGCCACAGCACAAACACAAAAUAAAAUCUUAUCCGAGGUUUUUUCGGGGCACUGUUUGCGUUCACCAAAAUUGCUCUUGAAACUGUAAUAUGCAAUAAAAAUUCUGCAACAGUUGCGAGCAAACGUGACUUAUUAAACUAUUUAUUUAAAUAAUUAGAUAUACCUCUUCACAUUAAUAUAUUAUCAAGGCCAAGUUUUCUAUUGUUAAUUUCACUAAUAUGCCACACUUAAUUUCACAAUUAUGCAAACAAUAGUUCCCUAAUUGAGUACUUACUGAAAUAAAAAAGGUAGUUUUACGACUUGUGUUUGAUUCAACAACAUCCAGUUAUCGUUCAUUCUUUAAAUUUUUGUUCGAUUCUUUUGCUUGUAAAAAUCAAGAAAAUCGGAAGAAUUCAUUGAUUAUUUUUAUUUUUUCAUAUAUUUUGCUAUUCCAACAUCUGUGUUGGGUUUUAUAGCUAGAAUUGGCGCGUGACACUCGCAUUAAUAGUAAAUAGUAAUCGAUAAUGAUUCGAACAAACUUUUUUUUAUACCAACUGCUGUUCAUUUCGUAUGUGACUUCAGAUUUGGACCAUUAUUAUAAGAUUUCUAUGGUAUCGUCAAGUGAUAGGCCGGAUAAGCCUGCUCUAUUCUUACACGGCGAGAGCCCGGUUUGGGACGUUGACAGUCAAUCUUUGCUGUUUGUGGACGUUCACCAACAAAACGUUCAUCGACUGGACUAUUUCACGGGAAAAAUUCACACAAAACAUAUAGAUUACGGUCAAGUGAAUGUAGUGUCACCAGUAUCUGGAUCUCGUCGACUUCUAGUCGCCGUGCGUUCUGCUUUGUAUUUGCUUGACUGGAAUGUGGCUGGAGAUUCCGCUUUAAGACUGCUAGCUACCGUGGACGAAGGUCUACCCGACAAUGUAAUAAAUGAGGGAAAAGCGGACCCUGAAGGAAGAUUUUGGGCAGGUACAAAGGGGCCUCAAACUGGCGACGAUGUGAUGCCAGAUAAAGCUACUCUGUACAGUUUUGAUACAAACCAAGACGGAUUGAUACAUCCGCGCGUUCAACUGCGACCUGUGUCUAUUUCAAACGGCCUCACGUGGUCUCUAAACACCACUGUCAUGUACUACAUUGACUCGCCAACUCAAAAAGUUGAAGCCUUCGAUUAUGAUUCGCAAAGAGGGGAAAUAACUGGCAGACGAACUAUCGUGGACAUUUCGAACUACGGAUAUGAAGAUGCUAUUCCGGAUGGAAUGACGAUCGAUAGUGACGGUCAUUUGUGGGUCGCAUUGAUGUUCGGUGGCACGGUGUUGCACAUAGACCCCGACGCAAGGCAAGUGGUGUACGGCUACAAACUACCAGUUUCUCGUAUUACAUCUCUAUGUUGGGGCGGACCAAAUCUCGAUGAAUUAUUCGUGACGUCAUCAAAAGACGUACAUGACACGACCGAGCCUUACGGAGGCGCCAUCUUUACCAUACGGAAGACUGGCAGCCGAGGAGUCCUCCCUUACCACUUUCGAUUUGAUAUUGCUGAUUCUUAUUAAAAACUGUGAUACUUUUUAAUAUUGUUUUAGAAAUAAAUGUUUAUUUUUACUUUA